AUGGUAAGACUAGACAAAGUGCACACCAAUGAGAAUGGAGCUAAGGAGAAGCUCGAUUGUACUCUUUUUGCAGGAGCUUCUGUCGUUCUGCCCAUAGUAGGGUCGGAUUUAAGGAAAGCGGCCACCUUAGCGACAGAGAAGCCCAAGAAAAUUUGCGAUAGCAAAUCUGUUCAUCAAGUGGAGUUUGAAGUGGUUGAAGGGGAUGCAAGGAAUGUCCUCUGUGAGGCUGUGGAGAAGCACCGGGCUGCCAUAUUAGUCGUCAGCAGUCACGGAUAUGGAGCUCUGAAACGGGCAUUUUUAGGGAGCUUGAGCGACUACUGCAUCCACAAAUCAAGCUGCAGCAGAGUGAUCGUGAAAAAGCCCUAAAACUAAAACAGCUCACAUAGCCAAACAGAUUUGUCGAGCCAUGGUUUAUGGAUGCAGCGAGAGUAAGAUGAUCUAAGCAGUUUAUGCAGUGGCUCGUAAAAUUAUCAAAGUUUUCGCUCUGUUUUAUUGUAUGUAAAAUGUACAUGUGGGCAUGAAAUGUUGGCUACAUAUAUACGACCAUGCUACGUUAAGAAAGAACUAGAACCUACUGAAUGGUGCGACCACGGCGUGAAUCUGACAGAUUCUGCUUCAAUA